AUGGCCGCGUCCCGUUCCUCGCGCGUCACAAGGUCAUCGGUGGGGCUCAAUGGAUUGGACGAGAACUUUUGUGGGCGCACGCUCAGGAACCGCAGCAUCGCCCAGCCGGAAGAGUCGGCCGUGGCUCCGCUGCCCAGGGCUCGCUCGCCCAAGAAGAGGCAGGAGUCCCGCCAGGACUCCAGGCAGCUGGCCAAACAGGACAUCAAGCCGCUGUCCAAGCCGGACCCUAAGAAGGAGAAGACCAAGCAGGAUGCGAAAGAGGACACUGACAACCCGUCGGUCCAGGACUCAGAGCGGCACAUCUCGUUGGAGGGACGGUUAAAGGACUGUAAUAGUUCUCCGGCGGGCGAGCAGGACUUUUUGGCCGGUCCUCGCAAACGGAGUGGCUCGUGUCUGGAAAACGACGUCAGCCCCCAAAAGUCGGAACAUUGCGAUCAAGGGAACGGGGUGCCGGAUGCUCCUCCUUUAAUCAAAAGGGCCAAGCGGUGUUCCCGAGUCGGGGAAUCUCGGGAACGCCAGGAGGACGCCGGGAGCCCCGAGUGUCCCGUCUCUCUUCCUGAACCUUGCGAGGGGAACGCUCGCGUAGACGUUCCCGCCCGGAACUCCGACUUAGCUCCCGACUCACCUGUCCUCAAGGAAGAGAAAGGGGAGCUGGCCAAAGAUGGCCGGGUGGCGCAUGAAGGGGCGCCCGAGUCCCCCAAUGCUCAUAAGGCCUCAAACGGGCUCGGGGACAACACAGCGGAGAACCUCGCCGAAGAGUCUUCGAGCCCGGUCUCCGCCGUCGGCUACCCGCCGCUGCUCAACGGCGGCCGGGCCGAGGCGCCCCCGUCUCCCCGCCCCACGGUGCCUUGUACGAACUCUAGUCCGGCGCGCACGGAGGUCGCCGCCUCAGCGGAGCCGCCCGCUUGGUUCUCCCCGGCCCCUCCGGAGGAUCCGCUGCCUGAGCUGGUGGUAGCCGGGGAGCAGGAAGUGGAGGACGUAGAGGUGGACGUGGUGGGUGACCCCCUUUGUUUGGCCGGCGAGGAGCAGGUGAUGGACAGCGAGGGCGACGGAAAUGGUCGCCCGCAUACGCCGGUGCAGGACACCGCCGCCGCUUCGCCUUCCCCCGCCACCUACAACAGUAACUCAGGAGAAACAACCCCCCCGCUGGCGACGAGCCCGCCCGCCGAGCCCGGGCGCACGGCCCUGUCUUUUGCCGAGCUCUACGAACACAGGUACACCCUGCGGACUUCGCCCCGCAAGGCCAAGGCCUGCUCUCCACCUCGAGACGCCGCCGCCCCGAAGGAGGACGGGGAGGCGUCGGAGGGGAUGGACGAGGACUUUCUCGCUCCUUCGGACUCUUUGUGUCGCCCUGACCACCACGAGACGGGCCGCGCGGAGCCCGGAGACGAGACGGGCCGCGACGACGGCGCCCCUGUGGUGCCCGGAGACGUGGGCAAGGAAGCGGUGUGCAGUCACGCCGCAGAGGAAGAAGAAGAGGAAGAGGAGGAGCCAGACGUGUAUUACUUUGAAUCCGACCACCUGGCUCUGAAACAUAACAAAGAUUACCAGAGGUUGUUGCAGACCAUCGCCGUUCUCGAGGCCCAGCGCACGCAGGCCAUCCUGGACUUGGAGACGUUGGCGCGGCACCGAAGAGAGGCCCUGGCUGACCCCAUCACCUUUGUGGAGCGGCUGCAGAAGAGGAUGCAAAUGAAUCAUCACGCCGAAAAACUCGCUUGCAAAGCUUGUUUGAGGGGAUCUGAAAAGACGUCUGGUUUAUUUUCGUUCAACGUCACCCAGCCCUACUUGUUGCAUUUCGGCGGCUUUCUUCAGGUGACUCUGGGACUGCCGUGUCCCCAGCGUGUGGUUCAGCUCCCGGACCUGGCGUGGGAGCAGUACACCUCUGGCCUUGGGGAUUUCCAGAGGGAGUUCUGCGACAAGAAACGGAAAACCAGGCGGCUCAAGCUCAUCUUUGACAAAGGUUUGCCCGCCCGACCCAAAAGUCCCGUCGAGCCCAAGAAAGACUGUGAAGCCUCCACCUUGUACUCGUCACUCCCCACUAGUGACGCCCCAGAGAAUGGCAGGCAGACACAGAUGAUCCGGGGUAGGCUUUGUCACUCCAGCAAGCCCGACACCUUUAACCAGCUGUGGACGGCGGACGAGCAGAAGAAACUGGAAGAGCUGCUUAUCAAGUUUCCUCCCGAGGAGGUGGAGUCCAAAAGGUGGCAGAAGAUCGCAGACGGGUUGGGCAACCGGACGGCCAAACAGGUUGCUAGCAGGGUGCAGAAGUACUUCAUUAAACUGACAAAAGCUGGAAUCCCCGUGCCCGGAAGGACCCCCAACCUGUACAUGUACACUAAGAAGGCGACCAGCAAGAGGCAGCACCACCUCAACAAACACCUCUCCCGGCCCUCCACCUUCCUCACCUCCUACGAGCCUCCCGUCUUCAUGGAUGACGAUGACGACGACGACGAGCGGGCGGCGUUCUACGGCGCCAUGCACGACCCCGCAGACGACGACGACUCGGACGACGAUGGCAUCCCCGUGGACCUGCGUCAUCUGCCAGAGUACAAAGAGCUGCUGGAGCUGAAGCGUCUGAAGAAACAAAAGGUUCAGGAGCUCUGCGAGGACAAGGCCGGCGUGCGACACUUGGGAUACAAGUGCGACGUGUGCGGCGUGGAACCCAUCCAGGGUGUGCGCUGGCACUGUCAAGAUUGUCCCCCGGACAGCACCGUGGAUUUCUGCGCCAACUGCUCAGACUGCUUGUUCAAGACCGAGACCCACAAGCCCAAUCACCACUUGGACCCCGUGUACCAGCCCGACACUUUACUGGACCGUGACUACCGCCUGCCACAGAGCACCAGCUACAACUACCUGGAUCCCAACUACUUCCCGGCCAACAGAUGACAGACGAGCGGCAGUAGCUCCACCGCACGCACACGUUCUCUUUCUUUCUCUCCAGCGCGCAUGGCUCCAUCGCUCAAGCCGUGCCGGAACGCCAGCUUCGUAGGAGGGGGAGCGGAGCGGCGCCGCUGCCGCCGAGUGGCCGGCCGGCCAAGUCGCCGCCGGGCGGGCCUCAGCGAUGGAUAUUUUAAAGAAAAAGACAAAACAAAAAAAAGUGAAGGCCACAUUCCCGCGCGUCAAGAGUGGCGCUUUGUCGCGCUUCCACAUUUCAAAUGCCAACACAGCGGUUUUUGUUUUUUUAUUUUACCCCCCUCCCACACCACACUCACCCGUCAGUGUUUGCCGCUAUGGAUCACGUGAAGCGUUUAUGAUGACCAGUAGUUGGCGCUAGAUGUUGUGUGUGUGUGUGUGUGCCAUUGAAAAUAAUACAAAACGAAAAAAUAUUGUUUAGUCCGUCAUCUUUCGGUUGAAGCUCAUGGAAAAAGAUUGUAUUUUUAUUAAGCUAUUUAAAAAAAAAAAAGAAAAAAAAAUUUUGAGGUGGUGCUCCGUGCCUCCAC